UUCACUAAUGAAGCAACGUACGUGCUUCGCGUCAGAGGGUGGGAUGCUGAUUCCCUCCACAUAUGGCAUCGAAACGAAACCGCAGUGUUCACAAGUAGUGCAGUGUAGUUUUAGUGUCUUCAAGAAGGCAAUCCCUGAGAAGGAAGUUCCGAGAAGGCGCCACAGACGUUUUAAAAGCGAGUUCACACUGUAUGAUCAUCUACACGAGGAACGCUCUUUAAAGCUGUCAGACCUGCUGUCAAGAAAACCCAAGAUGAGCUCAUUUUAUUUGCGAUGGAUUUUACUUUCGGCACUUUGGAUUGCAGGGAGUCAGAUGCAAGUCAUAAAUCAAAGAUCAUAUACCACCAGUGUUGGUCUUGCAUUUAUGCUAAAGUGCAAUGACGACAGUGAAAUGCAGAAUGUGAGUGUGAGCUGGAGUCUUGUUCCUGAUCGGAGUCUUGAAAAUAUCAAAGGAAUAAACAUUAGUGGAAACACGCUAUGGUUUCUACCUGCUGAGCUCUCCCACAGCGGCUCCUACUCCUGUCUCAGCAGAGAAGGCGAUGACUCCUGGAAAACGAUAUUUAAUGUCUCCGUUGAGAAUGAAACAUGCCCCUGUGCGAACAGAGAAGACGAAGCAACGAGCAUAGAGCACAUCGAUUGUUUGCUUCCUCACAUCUUUGAGAUAGACCCUCAGGCUCAAGUGACCUGGAGAAAUGACUGCCUCCCACUCAAUGUGACAAACAGUAAGGUUUUCCCAAUAAACAGAUCCCGAGACAUGGUUGGACUGUAUACGUGCUUUGUGAGCUUUACUUUUGGAGGGCAAAACUACUCUGCUGCCCAGACUACAACUAUCCACAGCACAUCUAGAGAUUUCGUGGUGACGAGGCCUGAAAUCAUCUACCCAAAAAAUGAUGAAAAAAAAAAAGUAACACUUGGUGAAAGUUACACACUGAACUGCAAAGCUCUUGUUGGAAAGAACGACAAUGGAGAAACUUUUAUUUACUGGAGUAGUGACUCUCUAGAUGUUUUUGAUUUGAUCAUCUUCAGCAGCGUGAAAGAGGGUGAUCAGGAUUACAAACUGGCUGCUUUACACAUCCCAAAAGUCACAGAAGAAUAUUUAUACAUUAAUCUCACCUGUAUUGUGCAACACCCAGCAGGUACAGAUUCUAGAAGAGUCAUUCUGAUUCCAGCGAGUCAGAAUGAGCGUUAUUACUGGAUCGGUCUUGGUAUGGUUGCUCUGCUCAUAUUACUGUGUGGUGUGGCGUUUCUCUUUAGAGUCGAUCUGGUUCUGACUUACAGGGCUGUUUGCUCAUCUUCUGCUGUAAGCAGUGACGGGAAGUUGUACGAUGCGUAUGUGAGUUACCUCCAUGGAGAUCAGCACAGCUCGUCUUCCGCAAUGACAUUUGCCCUUGAAUUCCUUCCUGCGGUUCUGGAGGGCCUUUAUGGUUACAAACUCUUCAUCAGUGGUCGUGAUGAACUUCCUGGGGAAGCUGUGCAUGACGUGAUUGCUGACCGAAUGAGCCGAAGUAGAAGGCUGAUCAUUAUUCUUACAUCACAGAGCUGUGUUUCACCUCAAACCAACGCCACCAAGAGCCUUUUACCAGAUAAACUCCCCAAAUCAGAGUUGAAACUGAAAGAAACAAACACUUCAUAUGAAAAAAUAUGGGCCGCUUACGAGCAGCAGGUGGGUCUCUAUGAUGCUUUAGUGAAGCAGGGUCUAAAAGUCAUUCUGGUGCAGGUGGAGGACGGGGUUGAAGAGGCUCUGCUACCCGAAUCUUUGCGAUACAUCAGCCGCACCAAAGGCAUCCUCAAAUGGAGGCAGAACGCCGGUGAUCGGGCGAAGGGACGCUUCUGGAAAUACAUGCGCUAUCAAAUGCCUCCGGCAAAACGACAGAAGAGCCAAGAGCUGACAAUACUUUGAGAUCUCCUUGACACUCUACACAAGCACAUAAACUUGUUCUGAAAUGUGUAUUAAUAACACGACUCAUGUGCUGCAGGAAACACAAGAAUGCACACUUAGGGGGCCGUUCAAACAAAACACGUUUUACUUUCAAAUGUACUACUUUUUCCUUGUUUCUUUAUGUAAACAUGCUAUACGGACGUUUUUAAAAACGUUGUGUCGCAUUAAAAGAAUUUCAACUUUUACAUGCAGCGCUGUUCGUCAAUGUCGGUUCCAAAACAGUGGGCCAGUCAGAAGACCCUGGAGGUGGGGAAAGCAUUGCCAGAUUUUGUUUACAGUAGCAAGUUGGCAUGGCGACUGUUUUAUUUAAUGCCAACAUGCCGGAAGAUAUAUUCUGCAAUGCGCUUUAAAAAAAAAAAAAACAUUUUGAGCAUUGCAUCUGGCGUUUUUAGACUCAAAGACGCGUUUUGUGUGAACGGCCCCUUUGUAUGCGAGUUUGUGAAUCAUGAGUGUGUUUGCUUGUGUAGAGAAGGUUAGUGAGAAGAAACUUUGCCAAGUGUCUUGUAACUGUGAAGACAAACUACAAAAGACAGGUGAUGCAAGUUAACAAUGCUGAUAAAAUGAAUUUGUAUGUAUAUAUAGAAGUUUGUUUUUUUUUCAGUAGAAGUCUGUUUUUUGAUAAAUCAAUAUUUUUAUAUACUUUUGUUAAUGGAGCAUUUUAAACAAGUGCAUAUGCAGCUGGGCAUUUUGUGUUUACAGUUGUGUGAGGAGUUUGUCAUGUAUUUUAUGCUUUUAUACAUGUUUUGUUUGCAUUUUUUACUUAUUUGUUAUUAAUUAUUAUUAUUUCUAUUUUUCAUAUAUAUUUUUUUUUAAAUAUUGUUCAUUAUUAGAGAAAAACAAUAAAUAUU